ACGAUAUCGAACGUCCAGGCCGUGCUCUUCAGCAUCAAGUUUCGAACAUCCCGAACAAUUAUCGUCACUUGUAACAUUUUCCCACCCGCAUCUUAAAUAUUGUUAUCUGAAAUACUCUUCAAAGAUUUUUGCUGAUUUAUUCUAUAGUUUAAUUUCAUUUCUUAAACAGUGUUUUUUUAAAAUUAUUAUAAAAAUAUUUUAUAUUUAAUUUUAAUUGAUGAUAUAUUUGUGAUGGGUUAGAAUUGAGAAGAAUAUGUUUUGAUUUUCCUAAGAGAGAAUAAGGAUUAAACAUGUUUUGAUGUGAAAGUAUAUUUGACUUUCGAAUAAUUAAUGCAGUUAAUAUGUGCACAGUUCUGUUAACAAAGACUAAGAAUAUUGAGUUUGGACGUUAUUAAGUAAUAUAUGUUCAAGAUGAUUCUUGAUAUUUGGCAUCAAAAUUGUGGACUACCCUAUAUGUGCGUCGUAAUGCUAUUUGGAGUUUUCACAAGCGUUCUCACUAAUCCGGAGAUCGUGACCAAUAAUCCAGUGUUUGCCGAGCCAAUUCGAAACAUCACAGUCACAGCAGGAAGAAAUGUGAGCUUAGCUUGCGUAGUAGACAAUCUUCAAAACUAUAGGGUUGCCUGGAUACACACGAACAAAUACACACUUUUGACACUGCAAAACCGCGUCAUAACAAGGAGCUCUCGAUUCAAAGUAAGCAACAACAGCCACAGAACAUGGUUUUUGCACAUAUACAAUGUUCAAGAAAGAGACAGGGGAGAAUACAUGUGCCAAAUAAACACAGUCCCUAUGAUGACUCAAAAUGGAUAUUUAGAAGUAGUUGUUCCUCCCUACCUUGAUGAGAAACUCACAAGUUCCGACACAGAUGUGAAAGAAGGAAGUGACGUCAGCCUGAGAUGCGUUGCCAAAGGCUCACCAGAACCUGAAAACACGUGGAGACGAGAAAAUGGAGAAGAAAUAAAUCUUGGAAAAACUAAAGUGACAUCUGUUCGAGGAAAUUACUUGAACAUCACUAAAGUAAGCCGUCUACAUAUGGGUGCCUACCUAUGCAUCUUCCACAAUGGUGUACCACCGUCUUUAAGCAAAAGAAUCAUGCUUGGUGUCACAUGUAAGAUGAUUUCAUUUCUUUUAAGUUGA